UCAUAAAUGUCAGCUCCAGAAAAGCAGCCGGUAGACCUCUAUAAGCUCUCGGAAAUCGCCGAGGGACCUCAUUCGUUCAAGCAGAAUCCGAACAGACUCAGACCGCCUGCUAGAAGAUACAAACCAGCAAGACAAGUAAUCGGAGAUGAACAGAAGUAUCUCCAGACCAAGGAGAAUAUCAAGUUUGAUACGCCUACGUGGUUUUCUGUAGCUGCUCCUCCUAGCUUGGUUCCACAGAAGCAUUACUGUGACAUUACCGGCUUGAGAGGGAAGUACAAGAACCCAGCCAAUAGUUUACGUUUUCACAACGUUGAGAUAUACCAGGAAAUCAUCAAGAACAUGCCACCGGGAGUAGACCAGGAAUAUUUGGAAUUGAGAGGUGCCAAUGUGAUAUUGAAGUGAAGUUUAAGAAAUGUAGAGAAAAUUACAUCUAGCAACAAGAGAAUUAGGGGAGCACACAAGAUUCAACAGAAAGAAAUCUAUUGCUAUGAAUAGAUGAAGAAUAGUAGGAAAAGUGGUAGAGAAUACCGGAAGAAGUAAGUUGAGACGACUACAGAAGUCAUCUCACUCAUGACAGUUGACGAAUUAUAGACUAGAUCUGUGUAUUAAUGCAAGUAUCUUAG